AUGGCUUACGAUUCAUCUAUUCCUCUUCAUUCACUUGCUUCGUCUGUUAAUGUGUUCAACGGAUUGAACUUCUCUGAAUGGCGCGAACAAGUCCAGUUCUACUUAGAUGUGAUGGAUCUUGACUUGGCUAUGCUGAAUGAUAAGCCCGCUGCCAUUACUGAUUCGAACAAUGCGGAUGAGAAGUCUUUCCAUAAAGCAUGGGAACACUCUAACAUGCUAAGCCUUAUGUUUAUGCGAAUGAAUAUUACAAACAACAUUAAGAGCACUAUUUCACAAACAGAAAGUGUGAGAGGGUACCUGAAGUUUGUGAAAGAAUGUUUUUGUUCUGCAGAUAAGUCUCUCACUGGUACACUAAUGGCUGAACUCACGCUCAUGAAGUUUGAUGGGUCGCAUAGUAUGCAAAACCAUAUCAUCGAGAUGACUAACAUUGUAGCAAGACUUCAGACCUUGGGGAUGAAAGUGGAUGAUUCCUUCUUAGUUCAGUUUAUUCUGAACUCGUUGCCUCCUGAGUAUGGACCUUUUCAAAUUAACUAUAAUACUAUUGAGGAUAAGUAA